UCCACUAGGAUCUCCAUUCCCAUGCGCCAUACUUGCUCUGUGCGUGCCGUGCGUAAUGCGCACUGCGCCGCCGUGACGCGCGGCUGCCUCUUACCCUGCCCUGCUCGCUGCUCCGCCUCACAUUCUUGGGUUUGCCGACUCCUCGGACACACCUCAGCGGAUACAGCCAUGUCUGACUUCUCGGAAGAUCAAAUCCUUGAGUUUAAGGAGGCCUUCCUGCUUUUUGACAAGACAGGCGAGGGGAAGAUCAGCUACAGCCAAUGUGGGGAUGUCAUGAGGGCCCUUGGGCAGAAUCCUGUCAACGCUGAGGUGCUCAAGGUCCUGGGCAACCCCAAAGCAGAGGAGAUGAACCACAAGAUGCUAGACUUUGAGCAGUUCCUGCCCAUGUUCCAGGCCAUUGCUAAGAAUAAGGACCAGGGCUCCCUCGAGGAUUUUGUGGAAGGACUGCGCGUCUUUGACAAGGAGGGCAACGGCACAGUAAUGGGAGCAGAGUUACGUCACGUCCUCACCACACUAGGCGAGAGGAUGACAGAGGAGGAAGUGGAGACGCUCGUGGCAGGACACGAAGAUGCAAAUGGCUGCAUCAAUUAUGAAGCCUUUGUCCGCCACAUCAUGUCAGGCUGAGGGCCGGUACGGGCAUUGGAACUGGUCAGGAUGGUCAUGAACGGGUGAAGAUGAAGAGCACCAUCUCUUUACCUUUUGUUUUUGUUUUUGUUUUUUUUUUUUUACACAUGUACCUUUAUUUUGCAGUUAUCUGCCGCAGUUUUCCCAUGAAUCCCUUUUCAUGGAUUAUUUCACAUCUUUUAUUUUAAGAAGUGCCUUUACAUUCCCCACUUUAGACCACAAAUGACCCUGGCUUUCGAUGCCAGGACUAUUCACAUGUCUGACCAACUUGCAUGCAGUUAGGAGCCUUUGUGCUGAGACAGUGUACAGGACCAUUCCAAGAGGCAGCACUUAAGACUACCUGUCUUUGGUUAAUGAUGUAACUACUGGUAGUGUGUCGAUGUUGGUUGGCACAUUGUUAUGUAGAGUGAAUGUCCGCAAUCUACUGUAAUAUUGGCUAAAACUUGCUUUUGCUUGGAACAUACCCCCCCUCCCCAUAAUGGUGCCAGAGCUAUGCAGCAAACCAGUAUGUUGAAAAGCCAUACAAUCAUGAGGUAGAAAAAAAAUAACCUUUCCUCUGGUUCCCAUGUUUUUAAUUUCCCCUUAAUUUGUCGCUGAAUUUUAAUAAAUAUUUUUCCCCUUAAAACUUAAA